CUAUAUAGCAUUGUAAAAUUCAUCUCGAUAAAAAAGUAAGACAGAAUACCAAUGACGCCGUCGUUUUGAUGGAGAGUGAGGGGAACGAUAAGACAACAGUCAUAUUUAUUCUUUUACUCUUUGCGUAGACUUAUCCUCACAUCACAAGAGCCACUGCAUUGCCAACCAGAAUCUGGUCCACGCAAUCGCGUAAUCUCCUCAAACUAGAACCAACAAAAUGCAAACACUAGUGUCUAGUGAUCCCUUUUUUACACUUCCCUUCUCUUCCACAUCUCUUCUCUGCAUUCUUCCCUCACAUUUUCCCACAUCCCAACCAUUACUAUGGCAGCAGCUGCAGUGACUUCCGCUGCAGUAUCUUUUCCUUCUACCAAGUCCUCCUCCCCACUCUCUUCCAGAACCUCCAUCGUCUUCACCCACGAAAGAAUCACCUUCAAGAAGUCAUCUCAUGUGCAUACUGGAAGCAGGGGACUGGUUUCAGUGAGAAGCCAGGUCACAACCGAAGCUCCUGCUAAGGUCAAGAAGGAGUCCAAGAAACAGGAGGAAGGUGUGGUUGUGAACAAGUUCAAACCCAAGGAGCCUUACACUGGGAGAUGCCUUCUCAACACCAAGAUCACUGGCGAUGACGCCCCUGGAGAGACCUGGCACAUGGUUUUCAGCACUGAAGGGGAGGUGCCUUACAGAGAAGGGCAGUCAAUUGGAGUUAUUCCAGAGGGCAUUGACAAGAAUGGGAAGCCUCACAAGCUUAGAUUAUAUUCAAUUGCCAGCAGUGCUCUCGGUGAUUUUGGUGACUCUAAAACUGUCUCCCUUUGUGUGAAGAGGCUUGUCUACGUCAAUGACCAAGGAGAGACUGUUAAGGGAGUCUGCUCAAAUUUCUUGUGUGAUUUGAAGCCCGGCUCAGAAGUUUCAAUCACAGGACCAGUUGGGAAAGAAAUGCUUAUGCCAAAAGACCCUAAUGCCACAAUUGUCAUGCUUGCGACUGGGACUGGCAUUGCACCCUUCAGAUCGUUCUUGUGGAAAAUGUUCUUUGAGAAGCAUGAGGACUACAAGUUCAAUGGGCUCGCAUGGCUCUUCCUGGGAGUUCCCACUAGCAGCUCAUUGCUGUACAAGGAGGAAUUUGAGAAGAUGAAGGAGAAGGCACCUGAAAACUUCAGGCUAGACUUUGCAGUGAGCAGAGAGCAAACUAACGAGAAAGGCGAAAAGAUGUACAUCCAAACGCGCAUGGCUCAAUAUGCGGAAGAGCUGUGGGAGCUACUGAAGAAAGAUAACACAUUCGUGUACAUGUGUGGAUUGAAGGGAAUGGAGAAAGGCAUUGAUGACAUUAUGGUCGGUUUGGCUGCUAAGGAUGGAAUUGAUUGGUUUGAUUACAAGAAGCAGCUGAAGAAGGCUGAGCAGUGGAAUGUGGAAGUGUACUAGUACUGUUACUUUCUUUUCGGUGAGAUGUAUAUUUGGAAGCCAAAAGAAUGUGUCCUCCUGCAAUAAACUGUAUUCGCUGCAUUGUGUAGAUAGGAUGUAAUCGACCUCAUAUAUCGACUGUUAAUUCUUCAAAUACUGCUUUUGUGUCUGCCCCAAGCCUCCCUUGUUCAUUAUGUAUUAGUGACUCGUAGCAAUCCUCACGGAAUAACCAGAGAUCGAAUCGGUUGCUAAAGUCUAGGCAGUAAAUAUCAAAUGGGAAAUUAACGUCUUCUGCAAAUUCAAUUUUCUAUCUCAAUUUUUUCAAUAAUUCAUGAAGUCUAUGAGUCAUUGAGUUAUGACUCUAUGAACUUGUGAGCUAUGAACUUGUGAGCUAUUUUAUUGUUUUUAAGUAUUAAAUAAGUUAUUAAUUAUUUGAGUUGAUUUUUAUUGUUUUUAAGUAUUAAAUAAGUUAUUAAUUAUUUGAGUUGAAGUGUGAAAAUGUUGUAAAUUGUGAUUUCAUUUAACAUGAAGUAAAAAUUGCUAUUUUUCUUUCAGCAUCUAGACACACUUAGACGAUGCUUAAAAGAAGGGGUAAAUAAAACAACCCUCAACCCGACCCACCUGUAUUUAUCGUCAAAAUUAAAGUUUAAUGUUAGGUGAGGGUUUUCUUUUGUACAACUGCCUCUAUUGGGUUGGGUACGGAUUUUGGGUAACGCAACCCGUAUAACUAGACCCAAUCUGUGUUGAACUAUUGUCACAAGUGUUCGUAUCGAAAACAUAUUUGUGUCAUCAAUAAACAUAUUUAUGAGAAAAUUAAGCUUAUAUUAUCAUAUUUUUCUCUUGUGGUUUCCCUAGUUGAAUACAUUCUUCAACUGAAUAUUUAGAUGUAGAUUUAAUAUAAGCUAUAAUUCACGUGAUCUUUUUUCUUGUAUAUAAUUUUAGAAGAACGAUAUAUAAUGAAUGUGUUAGCUUAUAACCACUUUAGCUUAUUUAAAAAAAAAUAACGAAAAAGACUAGACAUAUGUUGAAGUAAAUUGCAUUUCAUUCAAAUCCAAACAACAUUUAUGAUAUCGAUACUUUUUUGCCUCCAUUUAAUUCUUUAAAAUUUUAAUUAGUUAUAUAAUAUUUUUGUAAUGUAUAAUAGUUUUCUUUUUUGUGUUGAGUUGGGUUUUUAAUUAAAAGUAUCUCCAACCCGACUCAACCCAAUUAUAAACAAACUGUAGGGUUCUAAUUUUUUUAGUGGGGUUUGAUUUCAUAUUUUCAAAAUCGUAAUAUAUGAGUUGGGUGAUUAAAAUGACCAAACUCAAACCACCCAAGCCUUGUACACCCCUACUUAAAAGUGUUAAAAGUGUUAGGAGGUAGGCAAAGCUCCAAUGCAUGCCUGCGCCUUCUUGAAACUAGAUUAUAAUAGGAAGAAAAAAAUAUAAGUACUAAUUUUUUUGGGUGCGCCUAUGGUGACUUGCACUUUUCGGUCGACCUCAGUUAGGAUUAGGUCGACCUCAUAUAGGAUUAUGUCGACCUAAUUGGUUGUUUCAGUGUAAAAACAGUUUCAUGGUGCCUACUUUGGAGAUUCAUAUCUUACAAUUGGCUCGAUGGAAAUUGGAGAUUAAGGACUUGUUUUGAAGCUGGGUGUCCCUCUACACAUUGAAGUGCUUGGGAGCUCGAUAGGAAGUCCAGAAGACCAUUUGUGAACUUGAUCAAAAGGUUAUGCCAAAACUGGGAAACUGGCUGAAAAUGGCCAAGUCUGGGAACGUGUUUGUGAAGCCUACUUUGGAGCUUAAUUCGGGAAGUAUGGAUGCAAGUCGAGUCCAGGGGCCUCUACCACGUUAAAUUAGGUAUGUUUUUAUACAAAGUCAAGUCAUUGGAUCAAAGAUUGGAUAUCUGUAAGGCUUCAAACAAAAGGGCCGAAGUGGCUACGAAGACUGUUUUUCUGUCAGACUUCGAGCACAAGCAAGUUGUAUGAAAAAAUUUAAAUUUUAGGUAAUGAAGUUGAAGGAACAAU